AUGAAUACGUCGAUAACCUCUGCGGCUUCGGAAAGUGGCUCUACACGUAUGUCGACGCCUGUUGCUGGCCCCUUCAAAGCACAACUUAGACCACCUACUCAUGGUAGUAGAACAAAUUUGCCUUCAACUACUACAAAACUAAGCGGCACAAACAUCGUGAAGAGUGAAGUAACUAAACUAUCUUGCCUAGAUGAUCUUACGAAAUCUGAUAUUCCCGGACGGAUGUCUGUUUCUCAGCCUUCCGGUGCUUCCUCACUCUCUUCCAUGUCACCAAGUCGAAAAUCUUCAUCCCAAACCAUUGCCGUUGACUCAACGGCCAAAAAACGUGUAUCCACAGGAAUGCCUCAUCAUUCGGAGCCCAUCAAACACUCAUCUGUUUCCCCAUCGUCUUCUCAAGCACAAUUGGAGGGUCCAUCUCCAACAGAGGAAACUCUCCCCUCUGAUGUGCGUGUAGAACUCAAGAAUCUCCGUGCUGAAGUGAGAGACCUCACUGAGAAACUAGAGGUGCUAAAAGCUAAGAGAGCGGAAGAUCGAGUUAAACUGAAGGAGGCCGAGUCGAUGAAGGUGCAACUGGCCCAGCUGGAGGAGAAUCGCAAGCUGAUUCAGGAAAAAUCAGCCGAUUUUCAGCGUCAAAUUGCUAAGGCUAAGAGCGAAGCGGCGGAGAAGCAGGCAGCCUUUGACCGUUAUAAGGAAGAAAUGAUUGACGCAAUGGACACCAUUGAAAUGGCUACUCUGGACAAGGAAAUGGCUGAAGAAAAACUCGAAACUGCUAAUAUGGAAAUUGAAAGUCUCAAAGAAAAGGUAGAAGAGCUUACUUUGGAAAACCAGAUCCUUAGGGAGGAGCAAGCCAAUACACCUCUACCAGCUGCAGACGGCGGAACAACUUUGCCGGGUCCAACACUGGCUCAGUUGAAACAGCUCGAACAGCAAAACGAGCGCAUGAAGAUGGGUUUGGUGACCUUUCGGAACUUGGCUAAUCAGGACAAACAGGAGAUCGCUGCUCUUACAAGGGAGGUAUCAAAACUCCAAACCGAAGUUUCUCAUCUGAGUGCAGAAAAGACGCGGUUGAGCGAAGAAUUGCACCAGGCACUGGAGCAGACGAUUGAGUUGAAGGAGCAGGUCGAUGCUGCUCUUGGAACCGACCAAAUGGUCAAUAUACUUACCCAAAAGAACCUGGAGUUAGAGGAGAAGGUGGAUAAACUCACUGAGGAAAGGAAUGAUUUGGAGUCUCUGUGCGAAAUGAACGAUGAGUUGUUGGAGGGUGAACAUGAACGGCAAUUAGAGUUGGCCGAGCAGAUUGAUCUAGCCCGGGGUCAGAUGCGCGAAUUGGCACGUCAGUUGGAGGCCAGUCGGGAGACAGUGGCGGACUACGAACACACCAUCUCGAAAUUCCGCGAGGUUGUAACUCAACUUCAAACGCAGAACACCCAACUGAGCCAGUCGCUUGCCGAUGCGCGCCGUUCCGCCAGCUCUGCCAAUCUCGCUGCUAUGGCAGUGGAACAGUCGGUUGCUUCCGCCGAGGCCUCUGCUCUCAUGCUUGGCAAUCCCGCGGGCAGGAAGAUGGAGGCUCAAACUAUUGCUAAGCUAUCAUUCUUCGGUUACCAUGAUCCAGUUCUUAGGCUUUUCGUUCCUCGUGAUGAAUUGGGAAGUGGGAAUAUGAGCGUUUCCUGGAUUUGCAGAUAUCUCCAGCGCGGUGUAGUCCUUACUCCUCAUGAUGUAAUUGAGGUGGAGUUGCGUAAGCUAGAUGCCGAACAAGGUGCUCAACACGUUGAGUGGCUCUCGCACUUUUUGCCCGAUACGUUCAGUCGUCAUGCUGGGGACCAUGAUGCUAUUCUCAUUCUGCUUCUUGUCAAUCGUCUUAUUUUCAAGUGUGAACUCCUUGCUACUCAGGUGAGAAAGCGGUUUCCCUUGCCCAAUUGCAUCCGUGGUCUGGCUUCGACAAGUGGCCUUCAUACUGCAUUACCUCCAGAUCUAAUGCCUCCUACACCGGUCAAAUUCACCGCUGGGGGGGACGAAAUAGAUGAAAUCGGCAUUUUCAAAACUGAAGCUGAAUUGGCCAGCUUCAUCUCCUUCCUUAUUCUCCUUCUUAAUUACUGGCAAGGCCUGUUGCUGCAGUUCAAGAGUGUAAAGAGUUUCUCCAAGCUCGUCACUCUCUACAACGACCUGUCUGCAGGCCAUGAGGAGACGGUGGAUCAUCUCCUUGAUCUCUGCAAGCGUGACCAACUCGACGAGGCGGUCUCUCUGGAGGGUUUGAUUUCCUCGGUGAAUUUUUUCAACAAAAUUCACACCGCUCACGUUGUACCCGUACUCAAUACCUUGUCCGAGACCAUGAUUUCCACCGGAAUUAUGAACAACUUCGCACGCAUUGCUCUGGCCUGUGCUGAGGCUGUCACUGUGGAUGCCUCAUGUCUUGCUGCCUUUAUUGGUCAACCGCUGGAUAUUGUGGAUCCUGAGAGCGGUGUUAGCGCUGAAACAGGGCUGCCAAAAACCAUCGCCCAAAUGGGCCAGCUUAGUGCCUCUAUUCGCACCCACUCUCGUUGCAUCCGUCGUCGGUUGCCUAGCAACAGCGAGUCCCAACCCCUGUGCUUCCCACCCGGUUUGUCUGUCCGCCUCGACUUAACUCUUCACAAACUCGUCAUUUGCGCUCGCUGUCUCUAUGCCACCACUAAGAGCGCGGGUCAGCUGGUGGCUACCCAAAUGGCAGAGCAUACAGCUCUGGACGCUGCGACGUUGGUUCGGGAGUGUCUCUCACCGGCUGUGCAGGGAGUGUUGGCUGAGACAAACACUCCAGUCAGCAGCACGACUCCUGCGGAGGCGAACCUCUUGUCCAUGCUUGAGGUCGCGGCCAAUCAGGUGUUGAUCACUGCCACAGCUAUGGAGCACGGCGAGUACGAUUUUGAUGGUACUAAGAGGCCCAAGAUGACUGUUCGCAUCAACAUGGUAGAGAAGAAACUUGAGACCUCGGGCAGAGGGAAUCUGGAGAAGAUUGUGGAGUUGGAGGAUCGUCUACAAAAGAUGCACAAUCAACAGAAGCAGACUGAAAAGGAAUACGACCAGACAAUCGACGGAAUGCAGAAUGAUUUGGAGAACUUGAAGAAGGAGAACGCUGACUUGAAGGAGGGGUUACGAACGAUGAACAAAUCAGCCAUGGGUUUUGGUCUUGGGAAACCGUCAAGUCCCUCACCGAGAGAACUGAACACUGAAGAAAUUUGUGCACCGGUUAGUCCAGGUCCGAAGUCUCUGGCCUCAAAGCUGUCUGCCUAUAGGGACAUCUCAACUUGUCUUUCUGAGGUAUAA